AUGGGUCCAGAUGGUGUAAGAGUUUGUAAACCAAAAUUACCUGCUAAUACUAAAUACAUUGGGGAAAAGCGUCCAAUAUUAGGAGCAACCAGUGAGCUUGAUUACUUAUGGAGGCCUGCCCCAAAUAGAAGUUUUACAGCAAGACAGAAACAUUUCUGUGUUGGUGAAAUUGGUUGGGGAAUUCCAGAAUUGAGUUUCAUCAACCAAUCAAGACUUGAGACAAAUAUGAACUUUAAGAAAGGAGAAUUUAGAAGACUGCUGGAGGAUACUAUCACGCAUCGGUACCAAAAUCCGUGGCAGCCUAAGCCUCAAAUUCUGGAUCUGCAAGGAUCAAACGGUCGAGCCUGUCUUGCCUGGAAUGUGGGUGAUUACGAGAGUGUCAAUGAAAGACAUUCCAAGUGGGCCACUAUUGUCAAGAACCUGAAGAACGCUCCCAUGAGAUUUUCUUCCUGCCCAAAGCUCCCCAAAGUGACCGAGAAGCAGAGUGUAUUCUUCUUUAUAGACAUCAUUGGCAAUUUUUUUGGAGGGGGGCACAUGCAGCCAGUAGUAGAACAUGCAUCUGGGGUAACCGCCAUAAAGCCAAUGCUCAGUUCCUAUGGGGUGGGGAAGGACAGCCAAGAUAGCAGCCCAAGACUUUCGGUAUCAUCUGACAAGGAUGAAAUCUAG